AUGACUAGAGGAGGCGUGUGGCGGUGUCUGUUUCCACCCACUACUCGGACGCGUGGUGGGUCGUGGCUGGCGUGGCUCUGGCGGAACCCGGCGCUGCGGGGCACCACCACGCCACUGUGGUGUGCCUGCAGCGGCCCAGUCUUUUUCCGCGGCGUCGGGGACGCCUACGAAUGUGAGUUGUGCGGCGGCAGGCAGCGAGUCGUGAGGCGCGUCCCAGCGCCGCUUUUCCUCCCCCCCGCGAGCGGCGAUUGUGUUUCUGUCACGCCGGGUUUGGGCUACGGGGAGGGCGUGCGGCGGGUGAUUGGGGAACUCGACUCGCAUCUCGCGGCUGUGGGCACCACCUACGCCGCCCUCACCACGCGGCUGCCCGUGGCCCUGAGGUCAAGCUGCCGGAGCCUCGCGGCGUACAGGGCGUGGCGCGGGCGGGUGCGGGCGCCGCAUGUCCCCCUCGACGACGUGCGGCUCGCCGUGUACGCAUUGCGCUUCGCCCUGGCCGUCUACGCCCUGCCCUACGAACUGGGCUACUUCAGCAGCGUUGUGCGCUCGCUUGGGCUGUUGGCGCCGCGCCAAAACCGAUACGCGCUUGCGUCGACGGCGGAUCAAGUUUCUUCCAUUCGCCGCAUUCUUUUUGGCGGCAAGGACGACCCGCUGCUCGAGGUGGCGUACGCCCGCUACUCCGCCACCCUGCAGCAGCCCUGCUUCACGAUCUUUCUGGACCACCGCCUGCGACGGGUGGUGAUCGCGUUCCGUGGGACCCUCUCGCUGGCGGACGUCAUUGCCGAUCUGGGGGGCGGCUACGCCUCCGUCUGCCUGGGCACCUACCGCAGCCCCGCGACGGGCGAGACGGAGAAGCUGCACUCGCUCGUGCCACGUGGCUUCUACGCGAAUGUCAUGGAGGCGGGAGGACACAUUUUGCAUGCGCUCGGCACCAUUCGGGCGAGCUACCCUGAUUACGCGAUUAUGGGUGUGGGCCACUCGCUUGGCGCUAUUGAGGCGAUUCUGUUUCAUCUGCUUUUUUUCUUUCCCACUGCGCGGCAGGCGACGGAGUUGCGUACAAUCGCCUUCGCGCCUGCCCCAUGUAUAGAUCGCGCGGUGGUUGCCAAAGUCAAUGAGCUGCUCGGCGAAGAGGCGAUGACGUCGUGGGUGUACGGCCUUGAUGGGGUGUCGCGGCUGCAGGCGGGUUCUCUGCGCGGCCUCUUCUUCCCAGCCUCGCCGGGACCUGCACCAGAGGGAGAAAACGCGAAGAAGGCGGCGGAGUUGCAGCAGCAGCAGCAGCAAUUGCCGCUUCUUGCCAUCCCGGGUCGAGUGUUGCAUUUGGCGGAGGACAACGCCGAGGUACUGCAGGUUCCCGUCAACGCCCCUUGGCGAGAGCAAAUGUUUCUGGGGAAGGAGGCCCUGCUGCACCACUUCCCAUCGGUGUACGGCGCCUCCCUCUACAAGAUUCUGAUGGAGCACGAGAAAAGCACAAACGUGUCUGGGGAGGUGCGGCAAUGA